UACCACGUGCCGGUCCUCCGCGACGAGCUCGUGCGGUGGCUGGUGACCGAUCCGGCCGGCACGUACGCGGACCUCACGCUCGGCGGCGGCGGCCACUCCGCAGCGCUGCUCGACGUGCUCGCGCCCGCCGGCGGCCGGCUCGUCUGCGCCGACCGUGACGGCGACGCGAUCCGGCAGGCGCGCCGCCGGCUGGGCACGCACGUCGAGAGCGGCGCGGCGACGCUGCUGCAGACGAGCUUUGGCCGCUUCCCGGCGGCGCUGUCGCGCGCCGGCGUCGGCGUCGGCGCCGGCGGUGCGCCCGGGGAGGGCGCUCGGCUCUCUGGCGUGCUGCUCGAUCUCGGCGUGAGCUCGCACCAGAUUGAUGAGGCGUCGCGUGGCUUCUCGAUGCGGUUCGAGGGGCCGCUCGACAUGCGGAUGGACCAGGCGAGCGGCGAGCUCACCGCCGCCACCAUCCUCAACGAGUGGAGCGCCGCCGAGAUUGCGGACGUCCUCUGGAGGCACGGAGAGGAGCGCCUCUCGCGCCCGCUCUCGCGCGCUCUCGUCGCGGCACGCCCUCUGCGGAGCACGGCGCAGCUCGCGAGCGUGGUGAAGGCGGCGCAGCCGGGCGCGCCGAAGGAGCUGACCAAGCGAGCAGCGCGCGUCUUCCAGGCGCUGCGCAUCGAGGUCAACGCCGAGAUGGACGAGCUCGAGGCGAUCCUCGCGGCUGCAGCCAGCCUGGUGCGGCCGGGCGGUCGGCUCGCAGUCAUGUCGUACCACUCCCUCGAGGACCGGCGCGUCAAGCGGCUGCUGCGCUCGGGCGCGACGGGCGGCGACUCGCCGCCUCGCGACUUCUACGGCAACUCGCUCGCGCCGUGGACGCCCCUCACCCGCCAGCCCGUCUUCGCCAGCGACGCCGAGAUCGAGGCCAACCCGCGCGCCCGCUCCGUCCGGCUGCGGGUGGGCGAGCGGUCGAGC